AGCGCUGUUACUAGGCUGUGCCUGCUCGGCUGGUGGGUGCACUAGGCAGAAGCGAGGAGUGACUCAGUUCGGUGCAAAGAGUGUUUCAGAGGCUUACGGCUGUCGACAGCCCUGAAAAGCAGAAUUUUGGACUGUUCACUAGCCGUACUCAAUCGGAGGCUUUCGAAUCAUUCAUAACUCUGAGGUUGCCUAACUCUUUGUGUACAAGAGGGGGGGAUGCCAGCCCGUAGCAUGGACUGUGAUGUCUCCACUCUGGUUGCCUGUGUGGUGGAUGUGGAGGUUUUUACCAAUCAAGAAGUUAAGGAGAAAUUUGAGGGCUUGUUCCGUGCCUAUGACGACUGUGUGACAUUCCAAUUGUUUAAAAGCUUCAGACGUGUGCGGAUAAACUUCAGCAGUCCUAAGUCAGCUGCUCGGGCCAGAAUAGAGCUGCAUGAAACACAGUUCAGAGGGAAGAAGUUAAAGCUUUACUUUGCACAGGUCCAGAACUCUGAGACAGAUGGGGACAAGCUUCAUUUGGCUCCUCCACAGCCUGCAAAACAGUUUCUCAUCUCGCCUCCAGCCUCCCCUCCUGUAGGGUGGCAGCCCAUAGAUGAUGCAACACCCGUCAUCAACUAUGACCUCCUUUAUGCAGUUUCUAAACUAGGACCAGGGGAAAAGUACGAGCUGCAUGCAGGGACAGAGUCUACCCCGAGCGUGGUGGUGCAUGUCUGUGACAGCGACAUAGAGGAAGAAGAGGACCCAAAGAAUUCUCCAAAGCCAAAAAUUAUUCAAACCCGGCGCCCUGGCCUGCCUCCCGUGUCUAACUGAGCCUCUCCAGCCGGAGCAGCACUUCUCUCCUCCAGCACGGCUCUCUGUUUUUCUGUUUGCUAUGUUUUGCUGAAGGGCAGCCAUUGCCUCUUGGGUAAUGGGACAUCAAGCUCAUUGAAAUCCCUUCUUUGUACUCAAGCCUGUCUAACAAAAGGGCUAGGAAAAAGUUCUUUGUACAUGUAACCAUAUCACCUGCCAUCAAGUGUCAAGGAUCUUGUGAAAGCGGCUAGAAUAGGCUGGGAAGAGGGGUGGGGGGUUCAAUCAGACCGUUCUCAUUGAGAUGAUAGCAGAACCAGAAGCAUUGCUUAGUAAACUAGUGAUGGGCAAAUAGUCUGAUGCUGGGAUUAACAUUCAGACUAGCAGAACAUCACUCUCUGCUCCCUUUCCCAUGGGAUCCCAUUCCCCACCUCUCCACUAUUCUCAGCAGAACUGAGACUCCCCUUUGUUCCUCAUUCUUAUAUGGUGUCAUCUUGUGAGAUAGCAGCUCAGAGCCUUUAACCUCCUUCACUUCCACUUACUGAGCAUUUAUCUUGGGGGGGGGGGAGGCAGCAGGGGCAACCUAGUGGCCUUUUACUCCCCCUGGCAACUUUUUGGGGAAACAGCAAGUUCUCUGUGUUUACACAGAUGUCUCUGUUACAUCCAGGGGACUGAAACUUUUCUGUCCCCCAACUACUGCUGAAUACAUUGGCCCUUUAAAUCUGGGACUGAGACACCCUAAAGUGCACCACGCUGAAAGGAGAGAGGAUUUUUGAAAGGGGACCUGGGAUAUCCCUCAUUCCUUGGCCAUGCAAUGAGAGGGAGCCAGGCUGCUAGUAGUGGGGAACAUUCCCUCCCAUUAGGAAGGCAAAGAUGUUACUUCUCUUGUCCUGGGCCCCUGAGGUUAGGGUGGAGAAGCUAACUUCCCAUGACCCUGGGAUUCAUUGCUAACUUCCCAUGACCCUGGAAUUCACAGCAAAUUAUACUGACCGGCAGAGGUUUCCGGCGUGGAUAGCCCUGGUGCUCCAUCUAUUUGCAAAUAUUUGCCUAUCCCUAAUAAUCAGCACAUACGUCCCCUUUGCUUGAUGUGUUUUAAGGUCCAUAUUUAGCUGUAUGCAGUACUCUCUCCUCACCCCCAUACAAAUAAAACAGGAUCACACUUAAACUUGAACUUAGACUGCAUGGAAUUUACUCUCCUGUCCCACUCCUACAUGUCCCUGUCACUUAUAAAAAGUGCAGAAUUACUCACAUUUUUGUGCUUUGAUUGUGUUUGGUAGCAGAGAAUUCUUUGCUAUUUGGAUUUUCUACCUGGACAGAUAAUCUCUGUUAAUUAUUCUCAUGUACAUUCAUCAUUUUGAGAAAUGCUUUCUAGAGAUUUAAGUCCUGCUCUUACAAAGGCCCUUGAGCUUAACUUUACACAUGUAAGUAAUUCCAUUAAAAUGAAUGUUCUGAAAGUUAAGCAUAUGCCUAUGGCUUUGCAGGAUUGGGACAUAAGCAAAUGAGCUGCUAACUUUCCCUUCCUCCCAUGAAAAAGACUGUAGAGAUGGCACUGAGGGAUUCCAUGUUUAAAGUCUCAUUGCCUUUCCCAUCAAUCUGCUCCGUUUACAAAUAAAAAGAAAGUUUUCUCUAUUUUCUCAACCCUGCAAGGUCACCUUGGGAUAUGAAACUCAAGCUAGAUUCUGUAAUGAAACCUUGUUAGGAAGUUUCUGAAAAUUAUAGUGGCAGAAUCUUAAUUAACAAUAAGGACUGUAUGUGCGUCAGCAGGACUCUAGUUCAGUCUCUCUCAGUGCUCUAUUGACUCAGCCAUACUGACAGAAAGAAAAACAUGUAAUUUUGUCAUUAAAAUCAACAGAGAAUUCACAAUGCACAUGGGGAGAACAGAGCUGUGGGUGUAAGAAUGUGCCAUUUUAACAAGAGUUCCUUUUCUGGCCAUCACCAUUCUUUAAUAUCCCCAUUGAGAACCUUGCAUAUGCAUAACCUUUAUGGUGAUACUUCUUAGUGCAUUAUGGAUGCCACUUAGCAUACAUUUACACUUAGGUUAAACAAGCCUGUUCAGUGCAGCAGAGACCUAAACUAAAUGAGACUUGACUUUAAUAGCUUUAUGGUAUCUAGACAGAUAACCUUUUCUUAAAUAAAAAAAAAAAAAAAAAAAAAGCUUUU